GAGUGCAGAUGAUCGGGGGGUUCCUGCUUACAGUCUGCUGCAGGACUUUAUUUCCAUCACAUGGGACAUGGUGUGUGUGUGUGUGUGUGUGUGUGACAUGUUUCCCAACUUUUCCUAUGACUAUUACUGGUGCUAUUAAUCUUACAAGUGCAGAGAGAUGGUUUUAAUGGAGUAGUGCAAACUUCCCAACCAAGAGUCAACUUGAAAGUGCUUCUGUGGUUAAAGAGAGAAAUGAAAUUCCUCACACAACUAUUGUCACUCCACCUCUGAGUCAUCUGAAAUCAACGACCCCACACCAGCUGACAGCCAUGAAUUCCUCAGCCCUGCCGCUCACCAACAACACCCCGCUGUGCUACUCCAUCAGCAGCCCUCCAUACAAGUACCAACCCACCAUCGCCUCCGCCUACUUCUCAUGCAUCUUCGGCACUUUGGGUCUUACCUCCAAUCUCAUUGCCUUCAUAGUUCUCAUCAAGUCCUUCCGGCGGACACAUAGUCGCUCACGCUCCUCCUUCCUGAUCUUCCUGGGCGGCCUGGUGGUCACCGACUUCAUGGGUCUUCUAGUCACCAGCUCUAUUGUGAUCUCCUUCCAUAUUACACACUUUAAUUGGCGCCAGUUAGAUCCAAACUGCCAUUUCUGCAACUUCAUGGGUAUGUCCAUGGUCUUCUACGGACUGUGUCCCCUGCUGCUUGGUGCCGCUAUGGCUGUGGAGCGAUUCAUUGGCAUCAACCGUCCAUUUGCACGCUCAACCACCAUGCCCAAAAGCCGGACAGUCUCCAUGGUUCUGUUGGUGUGGCUGAUCGCAGGGUGCAUAGCUUUGCUGCCCCUAACGGGUAUUGGAAGCUACCACAUGCAGAUGCCUGGCUCCUGGUGUUUUUUCAACAUCAGCUCUGAUGGAAACGACCUGGCCUUUUCCCUGCUCUUCUCUCUGGUCGGGUUGAUUAGCAUCGCUGUGUCAUUUCUGCUCAACACAGUGAGCGUCGUGACCCUGAUCAAGGUGUGCUGUGGACAGGAUAGGACCCAGCGUCGCAGAGACCAUGAAAUAGAGAUGAUGGUUCAGCUCAUCCUCAUCAUGGUCAUCGCUUCUAUCUGCUGGUGUCCCCUUCUGGUCUUUAUUGCACAAACUGUGCUGUCCGGAAGUAAGCUGCAGAUCAAAUACCUACUGCUAUGGCUACGCUUCGCCACCUGGAACCAGAUCCUGGAUCCGUGGGUAUACAUCCUGUUUCGGAGGUCAGUUCUCAAGAGAAUCAACCCCCGUCUCGACUGGUCUCGGGGCUCCAUCAUGAGCUUGUAUCCGUCUUUUAGCGACACCGUCAGAAGGUUCACGCGCCCUUCACUUGGGAGCACCACAGAUGAAACAGGAGAGAGGCGAAAAUCGAGCACAACACAACCUCCUUCUCCGUGAUUCUUUUGGAUUUGAGCUUUUGCAGCAGGCAAGUGACAUCAUGGGGUCAGAGUCUGUGUUUGACUGUUAUUUUAAACUCUGGUGAGUUUUCAUGUUAACUGUGACUAGGAUAAGAAGCAGGAUUGCACCAGUAAUCCGGAAAGAUUUCAUCUUGUUAUUUUACUGCAUAUCACUGAAAUGUUAAACAGUAUUAACAAUGACACUUUAGCAGAGUAUAAAGAACAAGCAUGGACUGAUUGGACACAUCUAUUGUCUCUGUAACCAUUAUACAGAACACAGCAGUGUGCUAAAACAGAUUUAAAGCUAACUACAUGCACCACUAUCUCUACACAUACUGCUUCAUCAAGUGCUUCUGUAAUGUUUUAAUCAAUUGUUUUCUAGUAAGGCCACUCUGGGGCCCUUCAAGUGAUUUUUAAUGUGACACUUUAUUCUGGUAGGACAUUACACCUUGUACACUUUAAUUUGAUGCCCCUGAGUGUCACACUAAACCCAGGAAAAAGUAUUGAAUCAUGUUUUUUAAGGCUGAGUACUAUUUGUAUGUUGUUGUUUCCUUUCUGAAAGUUAUUUCUUUUAAAUUCUUUGGAGAAAACCUUGAAUGUUAAAAGGAACAAAUGCGUGUGUCUUCCGUUCAAUCCAUAUCCGUUUGCAAAUCACAACGAGAAAAAACAAGUUUGAUUGCAUGUUGUAUUUUUGUUUUUGUUUUUUUGUGUUACUUUUUUUAAGUAAAAAAACAUAUUAUUUUAUUCAAAAUAUGCCUGUAAAAUAGGAAUUGAUUGUCAU